CAACAAAAUAAUAAUGGUCAGUUACGAAGACCUCAAAAUAUUGGGGGAUCACAAAAUGCAAAUAGACAACUUCAAAGAACUCCAAACAUUGGCAUGCCGCCUCUCAUAUCCCAGAACAAUGCAAAUUUAUUCGCCAGUACUUUUUGCGAUGACCUAAUUAACGGUACAAAUCCAUUCCCGAGAAUGCAAGUAGAAAAUCCACCAACAAAACUUUCAAAUUUGCUAUUUUCAGGAGCUUCCUUCCCAUAA